AAUCGCCUCGCGCAUCCAACGGGGCCAGCGAACCCAACGUGUCGUAUGAACCCAGCCGAGCCACACCAAAGCCACAUUCUUUGAGCUUCUACCGGCUCCAAUUCCACCCCUCGCCGCCAUCUCCGUCUCUCUCUCUCCCGCAACCAAGCAGUUCAACUCACACCCGAAGCGGCGCCGCUAGGGUUUGCUCCGACAGCCGCGAAACCUAGUCCUUACUGCGCCCUCCCACAGAGGCCGUCAUUCACUAAUCUACCUGCUACGCUUCGCUUCCCGCUCCGAUUGGGAGCUAGGGUUUAGCUUAUCUCCGAGCUCAGCUUCGGGUCGCGGCACGCGGCAUGGCGGGGUACGGGGAAGAGAACCAGAACGCCAUGAACGGGUACGAGGAGGAAGAGGAGGAAGAAGAAGUUGAAGAAGUCGAGGAGGUGUACGAAGAGGAGGAGGAGGGGGACGGGGAGGGGGAAGGAGACGAGGGGGCAGCCGCCGAGGCAGCAGCGAUGGCGGCCGAGACGAGAAGUGUCGAUGGAGGCCGGGGCCUAGCGGAGGCCGUUGGGAAUGUUGAUGCCGGAGGCGAGGAUGAGAGGGAUGCAGAUUCUAGCGGCGGUGACGCUUCGGGGAAGGUUUUCGUAGGGGGUGUAGCCUGGGAGACAACUGAAGAAACAUUCACAAAGCAUUUUCAGAAGUAUGGAGCUAUAACUGAUUCUGUGAUCAUGAAGGACAAGCAUACUAGGAUGCCUCGUGGAUUUGGAUUUGUUACAUUUUCCGAUCCGUCUGUGCUUGACAGGGUUCUAGAGGAUGAACAUGUCAUAGAUGGAAGGACGGUUGAAGUCAAAAGGACUGUUCCAAAAGAGCUGUCGUCGAAAGAUGGCCCUAAGACAAAAAAGAUCUUUGUGGGUGGUAUCCCACCAUCUCUUACUGAAGAUAAAUUAAAGGAGCACUUCUCAUCGUACGGGAAGGUGGUUGAGCAUCAGAUUAUGCUUGAUCAUAGCACUGGACGUUCACGGGGCUUUGGAUUUGUCACAUUUGAAAGCGAGGAUGCUGUUGAAAGGGUUAUGUCAGAGGGGAGAAUGCAUGAUCUUGGAGGGAAGCAGGUUGAAAUUAAGAAAGCUGAACCAAAGAAACCUGGCGCUGGUGAUUCAAGCUCAAACGGAAGACACAGCCGUGGUGGUGGUCAUCGUGAUUCAUACCGUGGUAGUGGUGUUUCUGUGAACAGCGGUGGCGGCUAUGGAUAUGGUGGUGGUUACCGAUCAGCUGCUGCAGCAUAUUAUGGCAGCACAGCAUAUGGUGCCUAUGGCAGAGGGUAUGGAUAUGGUGCUACUUCUGGCUAUGGCUCAGGUUAUGGCUCUGCAUAUGGUGGCUCCAUGUAUGGAGGUCCAUAUGGUGCCUACGGGUCAUAUGGUGGUGCCUAUGGAGGUGGUGCGUAUGGUGCUCCAGGAGGGUAUGGUGGGGGAGGAUAUGGCAGCUACGGUGGUGCUGGAGGCAUGGGUGGGGGUGGCAGCGCUGGUGGUCGGGGCUCCAGCAGAUACCACCCUUAUGGGAAAUGAUCAUCCAUUCUGUGUUUCUCUAGGAUCUGAUAAUAAAGCCAUACCUUUCCUCGUUUCUGCUACUGAGAAAAUGGAACAUUCCAUUCGUCUUGUUGAAUCAGCGGCAUCUGGACAUUUUUUUCCUUGGAACUUGCAUUGCACAUCAACGAUUCUAUAGUCUAUAGUCGCUGAACCCUGAACCGCCCCCACCCCGAGCUUUCUGUAGAAGCUGCAGCUGAAAUUCUCGUAGUCUGGCAUGAGCCUUAGAAUGCCCUUGAAACUAUUAUCUUUGUGGUAGUAACAUUAUGGUGUAAUGGAACAGAUGUACGUUGUUGUAACAUUCACUCACUGAUCAGAGACUUGCUAUCUCUACAUAUGUGGAGAGAAGCUUUGCAAAUGAUUGACUGAUACUAUUAAA